UAAAAAAUUAAACAAUUUGUAGCAUAGCAGAAAAACAAUCAAAUCCACUGUGAUUAAUGGAUUUUUGAUAAAUUUUUAUAAAAAUUAGAACAUUAAUUUGAUUAUAAAAUAAUUAGAAAUAAAGAAAAACAAAUUACAAAAGUCGUAAAGUUUAUAAAGAUAAUAACCGAAUAAUGGAAAGUCCCUAUGCACCAUUAAGUGAAUCCUGUGCGAAAGCACUUGGUGAUAAAGUUUAUGAUAAACGUAAGCUGGCUUCACAGGAAAUAGAAAAAAUGGUAACGGAUUUUAAUAUAAAAAACAAUUCGGCACAAAUACGUAAACUAAUUGAAGUACUGUCAAAUGAUUUUGCCUCUUCAAGAGAUGCUAACAAAAGAAAAGGUGGACUAAUAGGUUUGGCUGCCACCAGUUUGGGUUUGGGAAAGGAUUCGUCUAAAUAUGUCAAUGAACUGGUUACUCCCAUACUCAAUUGUUUGAGUGAUCAAGAUUUACGUGUACGUUAUUUUGCCUGUGAAUCACUUUACAAUGUAGUUAAAGUGGCACGUUCCUCCAUUAUACCCUUCUUUCCCGAUUUAUUUGCGGCCUUAUCACGUCUAGUGGCAGAUUCCGAUCAAAUGGUUAAAGAUGGCAGUGAACUGUUGGAUCGCUUACUUAAGGAUAUUGUUACCGAGUCAUCGCAAACCUUUAAUCUGGAAGCUUUUAUACCUUUGCUAAAGGAACGGAUUUAUGUCAAGAAUUCUUUUGUUAGACAAUAUGUUAUCUCUUGGAUUUCUAUAUUAAAUGCUGUGCCUGAAAUUAAUAUGGUCAUCUAUUUAACGGAUAUAAUUGAUGGUCUCUUUACUAUGUUGGAGGAUAAUACACAGGAAAUACAGAGAAUGUGUGAAACUACAUUGACACAAUUUCUUAAGUCCAUACGUAAUGAUUCUAGUUCGGUAAAAAUGGAGGAUACCAUCAAUAUACUCAUAACACAUGCACAAUCACCAAAUGAAUUGAUUAAGUCUAUAGCCAUUACCUGGAUACGUGAAUUUGUUAUAAUCUUUGGCUCGAAUGUUUUACCCUAUGCUAGUGGUAUAUUCACUGCCAUUUUACCCUGUUUGGAAUAUAAUGUGGAUAAUAUGAAAAAUAUUAAAGAAUGUGCUGUUUCGGUUAAUAAAUCUAUGAUGAAUUUAGUUUCCUCUAAAGAACACAAAUCGAAAAAUAUUGAACAAAUAGAAUUACGUUCAAUAAUGGCAGUAUUAUCACAAUAUCUAACACAUAAUUCGGUACAAACUAAAGUUGCAGUAUUGGAAUGGAUACACCAUUUACUUAUCAAUUUUCCCAAUGAAAUGUCCAAUCAUACCACGCAAUUGGGUAAUAAUCUUUUGAAUAUUUUAUCAGAUAAUUCAGAUGAAGUGGUCUUGAAAUGUAUUUCCGUUUUGGCAGAAAUUGUCAAUUCUCAACACUCUAAAGAAACCACUGAUUUCAAUAAAGCCCAUUAUCGUAAAUUUUUAUUAAGUUUAGUUAAUUUAUUUAAUGAGGAUAAGAGCUUUUUAGACAAUCGUGCUAGUCUUAUAAUCAGACAACUUUGCGUUUUAUUAAAUGCUGAAUAUAUUUAUUUGACAUUUUCGGAAAUCAUAGCUGAAGAAUUGACAAAUCUUAAAUUUGCUUCGUUACUGGUACGUCUGCUAAAUAGUAUAUUGAUGACCUCUUCAGAAUUAUUCGAAUUACGUUCUUUCUUGAGAGAUAUUUCAUGUGAAAAAUCGGCUAAACUUUUUAAAUGUCUUUACAUAAGUUGGGCCCAUUGUCCUGUCUCUACGCUCUCGCUGUGUUUAUUGGCCCAAAGUUAUCAACAUGUAUCGGAACUGGUAGUGUUAUUUGCUGAUGUAGAGAUAACUUUGGAACUUUUAAAUGAACUGGAUAAGCUGGUGCAAUUAAUAGAAACGCCCAUUUUUGCAUCUUUAAGACUUACCUUAGUUUCGAAAGCAAAUAAUUGUGCUGAUGCUCAAUAUUUGGCACAUGCCUUAUUUGGAAUACUAAUGUUACUACCUCAAACGGAUGCAUUUAAUAUGCUAAAGAAUCGUUUACAAUGUGUACCCAACUACUGGGGACAACAGCCCAUCAACGAAAAGCAUUCCCUACAAUAUAAAAGUAAUAUAAAUUUCGAAGAGUUAUUGGAACAUUUUAAAAAGAUACAAAAAGCCCAUCGUGAUCAGCGUUUGACACAAAGGAAACGCAGUGUUAUAGUAAAUGAUACAGCUAUUUAAAUAAAGUUUUCUAGAUUUCUUACAUUAUUAAAAUUUACCUAAAUUAUUAAAUUUAUAAGCUGUGAUGCUAACAAAAUAUUUAUAAUUUUACAAAUAUGUUGUAAAUUUUUAUUAUUUCUAUUUUUUUGCAAUUUUUUUUUUAAUUAUAAAGAAAAGUUCACAAUAAAGGCUUUUUAUAUGAUAUUGUUAUUAAUGUAA